AUGGGGAGAUCUCCCAGCAGCAUUACUGAUAACAGAUUGAAGAAGGGACCAUGGACUUUAGAAGAGGAUAAAAAACUGAUUGAUUGUAUUCAUAAACAUGGCACCGGAAGUUGGCAGCUACUCCCUAAGAAAGCAGACCUAAAUAGAUGCGGGAAAAGUUGCAGAUUAAGAUGGACUAAUUAUCUGAGGCCUGAUAUUAAGCGCGGAAGCUUCUCUCCCGAUGAGGAACAAACCAUUAUCCACCUCCACUCAUUUCAUGGAAACAAGUGGUCCACAAUUGCAUCUCACCUUCCCGGCCGCACUGACAAUGAAAUCAAGAAUUUCUGGAAUACCAACCUGAGGAAGAAGCUCCUCCGGUCUGGUAUUGAUCCGAAUACCCACCAACCUAUAACUGAUGUCAAUCUCCUCCUCAAUCUGCUACCUACUUCCAGUUUUACCAACUUGAUGGAUCCAUGGAAAUAUGCGUUUAAGUUACAAGCAGAUCAGGUGACUGAGUUUGCCAAGAAUCGCGUUCUUCAAAACAUACUGCGAGUUUUAAGCACGAGCCCUCUGCCAAUUAUUGACACAAAUUUCCUUGGGGAAUCACUUAAUUCUAGCCAAUAUGGCGAACUUAUAAACUGGAUUAAUCCCUUACAGCCACUAUCCAACCCAGUCCUUCCACACAUUGCAAACAUUGAGGCGGUCCCUGAAGAAUUAACUACCAUAUUCAACUCGAAUGAAACCAUCCCAGAAAUUCUCGAUCACCAAACCAAUGGAUUUGGGAUAAGCAAAAGCCACGCAGAAUAUUCACUUCCAGGUUUAGUUUCAGCCACUACCGGAACUUCCACGGCCAACAUAAUGGAUAGUGUCAACUCAAUUCACAUUCCUAACCAAUCGCUCACAUCUAACAGCUUUGAAACAUUUGGGUAUCUUAUGGAUGAUGAUGCCAGUAGUUCUCUCUGGAAAGAUAUAUAUCAGUGA